UCACCCUUAAAUUAAGCUUUUUUUUUAUAUUUUUUAGUCAGUUUUCUGAGAGCUUUAGACAAACUGUCUGCUUUAAUUUUGUGAUAGAAAAUUUUAAAAGGAAAAAGUUUAAUAAAAAUUUAAUUAAAUUUUAAUGGGUUUUGUAAACAAGGGUAGUUUUUUUGUUUUUUGAAAUUUAAUUGUUAAUUGUAUUGUUUUUUUUUAUGAUUUGAAAAAUUAAAUUUAUAAAAAGAAAAAUUGGGUUUAAUGUUUUUUAGAAAAAAAAAUUUAAAAAACGUUUAAAUUUUAGAGGUAAUAAUUUUUGAAAUAGAUAUUCAGUACUUGACUCAGUUUUUCUGCAAUUGAAAGACCGGUGUGAGAGGCCAAGUACCCACUUCAUUCCACCUUGACUUUUUUUUAUUUCUACUUGUAUAUUUUUUAAUAAAAAAAUUGUAAAAAUUUUUAAUUAUUUAUUUUAUAAGUAUAAUUUUUUUUUUUUUUGGGUUUGUUUAAAGAAAUAUUGCUUAAAAGCUGGUGGAAUUAUUAAAUGCAUAAAAAUGUUGUUGAGCUUGUUGCUUUUGGCACAAGUUGCCUCAUUUUUUAUUAUCGAAUUGAAAGCUACAGAAGCCGGUCUACCAAGCACUCAGGAAUCUAUUGUAUUUCGAAAAUGUGUUGUCAAUGGAACUGCCUACACUCACAGUCAAACAAUUGAAUCAAAGGAUCCAAAUUGUCAUUGUCUAUGUGUAGCCGGUGAAGUUUACUGUUGGUGGGAAAAUUACAAAGCAAUUAAUAAUCCAUCAACAAUAAAUAACAAUGAAAUUGACAGUUCGAUUAUUGUCGAUUAUACAGAGGUCAAGGUCAACGAUAAAAAUACAACUAAGUCAUCAAUCAACUGCAUAGUUAUGGGAAAAGAAUAUAAAGUUGGAGAAAUUUUACCACACUUAACUGGAAAUUGUGUUGAAUGCAGCUGUGGUAGAGAAGGUCAUGUUGAAUGUUCACCUCGUAAUUGUGUCGCAUUUAAAAAUCAGUAUUUACCACAAUCAUCAAAAAAUAUUAAUCAAGAAAAUAAUGACAAUCAAAUUGAUUUAUUUAGUAGCUCACAUGAACAUGGUAUUGAUGAAAAUUUUUAAACAAAUUUUUUUUUAUUUUUCGAUUAAUAAUGUGCCUUAGUUUAUUUAUUUUAUUUGACUUUGUCAAAAUAGCUGGACCAAAUUUAUUAUUUCGAAAUAAAAAAAUGUAAAUGUUUCGAAAAUAUCAUGAGUUUUCGAAAUAUAAUAUUUAUCAUUUUUUUCUUUUGUAUUAUUAUGUUUUAAAAUCAUAGUUUAGUAAUAUAUAUCUUCAUUCAUUUUUACAACAUGUUAAUAGGCAAAAAAUAGACGAAAAAAAAAUUGCAAUUUAUAAGCAAACAUAUCUUUUCGAUGACUAUUAUAAAGUGCAUGCACAAUUAAUCCAACAUAAUCUUCCAAAUAAAUUUUUAAAUAAAAAAAAAAAUAUGUAAAACAAUAAUCAAAAAUAGUAUUAAAAAAAAAAUUGUAGAAAGUUAAUUAAUCAGUAGAAUUGUUAAAUUGAUAAUUAAAAAUAAUUAUCAAUUAAUUAUUAAUAAAAAUAUAAUGUGAUAUUAUUAAAAAUUAUUAUUAAAAAAAAGUCUCGUUGUAAAACUGGGACCACAAUAAAAAUCAAUAAAAAUAUGGGAAA